UAAGCGCUUAGCCAAGCAUGCUGGGAGUCACAGAACAACUAAAGGGAAGGAGUAUCCGGAUGUCUUGGAUUUUCUUUCCAUUCUGUUCUGUUCUGUUCUCCUAAUACCACCUCAUUGCUAGACGUAGGUAGGCACUGGGCAUGACAAUCAACUACAUUUGAACUGAGCAGAUGAAAUAUUGAAGACACAGCCAGUCUCCAGGAGAAAUGUCUCAAAGGCAGCCUCAGUCACCUAAUGAGACUUUAAUUUCAAUCACAAAUGACACAGAAUCAUCAAGCUCUGUCGUUUCCAACGAUACCACAAAUAAAGCACGGACCGGAGACAACUCUCCAGGAAUAGAAGCACUGUGUGCCAUCUAUAUCACUUAUGCUGUGAUCAUUUCAGUGGGCAUCCUUGGAAAUGCUAUUCUCAUCAAAGUCUUUUUCAAGACCAAAUCCAUGCAAACAGUUCCAAAUAUUUUCAUCACCAGCCUGGCUUUUGGAGAUCUUUUACUUCUGCUGACUUGUGUGCCAGUGGAUGCAACCCACUACCUUGCAGAGGGAUGGCUGUUCGGAAGAAUUGGUUGUAAGGUGCUCUCUUUCAUCCGGCUCACUUCUGUUGGUGUGUCGGUGUUCACAUUAACAAUUCUCAGCGCUGACAGAUACAAAGCAGUUGUGAAGCCACUUGAGCGACAGCCCUCCAAUGCCAUCCUGAAGACUUGUGCAAAAGCUGGCUGCAUCUGGAUCGUGUCUAUGAUAUUUGCUCUACCAGAGGCUAUCUUUUCAAAUGUGUAUACUUUUCGAGAUCCUGACAAAAAUAUAACAUAUGAAUCAUGUGCCUCUUACCCUGUCUCUGAAAGGCUCCUGCAAGAAAUACAUUCUCUGUUGUGCUUCUUAGUGUUCUACAUUAUUCCACUCUCAAUUAUCUCUGUCUAUUAUUCUUUGAUUGCUAGGACUCUUUACAAAAGCACCUUGAACAUACCUACUGAGGAACAAAGCCAUGCCCGCAAACAGAUUGAAUCCCGGAAGAGAAUUGCCAAAACGGUACUGGUGCUGGUGGCUCUGUUUGCUCUCUGCUGGUUGCCGAAUCACCUACUGUAUCUCUACCACUCAUUCACUUACCAAAACUAUGUAGAUCCUUCUGCCAUCCAUUUUAUUGUCACCAUUUUCUCUCGGGUGCUGGCUUUUAGCAAUUCUUGUGUAAACCCCUUUGCUCUCUACUGGCUGAGCAAAACCUUCCAGAAGCAUUUUAAAGCUCAGCUUUUCUGCUGCAAGGCAGAGCUGUCUGAACCUUCUCCUGCUGCUACCCCUCUUAACAAUCUGGCUGUGAUGGGAAGGGUCCCAGUUCCUGGCACUGGGAGCACACAGGUGUCUGAAAUUAGUGUGGCCCUGUUCAGUGGGUGCAGCAUGAAGAAGGAAGAGGACACAGUCUAGCUUUUCAAUUAAAAAUGGUGUUUUUCCUCCCAAAGUGUGUAUCCAACUCUAAGCUGUGAAUAGGUGUAUGGUGUCCAGAUUUUUGUUGUUUGUGAAUUGUGUUGGAAUCUUAGGAGUGAAGGAUUCCUAUUAAUGAGAGAUGAACCAUGAUUUUCUUCAAAGUACAAACAGUAAUGCCUUUGGCCUGUCUAAAUAAAAUCAAGACCGUUAAGUAUAGAAAAAUGCUUUUGCAUAUGCCAUUGAAUGGAGGCUGAACAGGAGGGAAGGCAAAAGAAACAAGAUCAAACUUUAAAAACCCACUGUUUCCACUGCUUCUCUGAUGCUUAGAAUUUCUCACACUCAUGUGAUUGUCAUAAAAUUGUGUUUGUGUUUAUAAUGUGGUGUAAACAUAGCAACUACAAUUGUAAUUUGUGUAUGAAAAGGAGAUCUAAAAGAGAUAAAAUGUCUCUUAAGCAGUUUUCUUUAAAAAAAAAACAUCUUCACAGAGUGACUGCCCUUUUCCUUUAGUCUCUAUCUCAUUAUAAUCUGUGCAAUUGACAUGUAAAUGCUUGGGGGUGAAUACUGAGUAAGGGUCUGGAGCUGAUGAUUGCUUUACUGGGUCAACACUUAAUUGACUGUGGUUCUACUUACAACUAUCAUCGAUUAAUACAACUAUCAUCGAUUAAUAACUGGGCAAAGUUAUUUUCCACAAGUAUUUUUAAGAAUUAACUUUAUUCACAGGCAGAAGAAUAAAUGGACAUGUUUUAUGGUGUCAUUAAGGGACCCUGUCAAAACAUCUGCAAUCCUGCCAGUGUCUGAAAUUCUUCCUUUAAGGAAACUGAUUUUCUUCUGGUAAGCAGUGCCCUCUUUCUAAAAACAUGUAGAAGUACCACACAGAAAUCCCUAACACCUGGAUGUGCAAUCAUCAUCAGAUCAUUUUCUUGCUUGAUUUUAUUAAACUCAAAGGGUGCCUAAGUCCUGUAAGAGUAUGACAUAAUUAAUCUGUGUCCCUGGAAAUCAGAUGGAAGAAUCUGAUCUUCUAUCCUCUGCUCUUACUUGCUACCACAAUAAGCUUGUUACUGUCAUUUUAAAAACUGUUGUCAAUAGAUUUGUCAGGUGUAGAUUUGUGGUUUCAGAAAAUGUAUUCUCAGAAGUAAAUUAAAGCUUAUGUUUGUUACUAUAGAUAGUUAAAUUUGUAUUUAAAAAAAACUCGAAUUUUGAGUGUGCUUUCGGUAGUUUUGAGCUUUCUUUAAAUGGCUUGUGUAGUUGUAAACUUUUGCUAAUGAUGUGGCUCAAAAAGGGGAUAUAUAUCAACAAUAGACUAAAUUUCUGUAAAACUGGUUAACUUAAAGUGGGGGUGCUGAUAUUGUAUUAAUAUUGUUUUAAAGUUGACAUUGUAAUCAACAGGGGGAAACAAAUAUGAAAUAAAAGUUUGAAAUGGC